AUGGCGCAAAUCAAUCCCGACCAGGUGAGCCUAUGCUCGGCGUGCUGUUCAAUCCUUAGAUCGCUGCUGACCCACCUAGGUUUUCCGCCUCCUCGACCUACCUCUCGAGCUAUGGUCCUACAUCUGCAAGCUCGCCAUCACCGACGAGCAGAUAAUCACGUCCGAUACGCUUCAACACCAAGCCAACCGAGUCCGUCCGCCACCGCUCCUCCAGACACGCAAGGUGAUGCGCGUGGAGCUCGGCCCUUACUACUACCGCAACAAGACCGAUAUCCACUCCUCUGGACCUACCAUGGAUAGGCUUAUUGGUCAGUGGCUUCGGGGCGUUGACCCUCUGCAUCGCCCAGUCACUCGCGUCUACGUCCUGGCGCAUUCGAGCUUCGUCGGUUGGCAGAGGGACAAGCUCGCCAAGGACUGGGGCAUGACAGUCGGUUUGAUCAACGGGACGAGGAUGUUGGGUUUAUUUGACGGCCAAGCGCGGAAGAUGGAGGUUGUCUUCCUCUGA